UAACACAGUCGGGAGAGGCCAGGGACACUCUUGCCCCGUUAAAAAACCUGCCUCAUGUGGCAGGCACACGAGCACCAGGAGUCAUAGAGCUGUGAGCAAAACUGCUCCCCAUUUCUCUCCAGAUAUAACGUUUAAUGCCCUGGGAGGAUGGCCGAAGGUGCAGAUGGAGAGGAAGAGAUCCAGUUUCUCCGUACAGAUGAUCAGGUGGUGCUGCAGUGCACCGCUUCUAUUCUCAAGGAGCAGAUCAAGGUGUGCCUGUCAUGUGAAGGCUUCGGGAACCGGCUGUGUUUCCUUGAGACCACCUCCAAUGCCCAGAAUGUCCCUCCAGAUCUCGCCAUCUGCUGCUUCAUCCUGGAGCAGUCACUCUCUGUACGAGCGUUGCAGGAGAUGCUGUCCAACUCUUCCCUGGAUGAGGCGGUGGAUUUGGACAAAUGGUCCUCACAAGGUGGAGGGCAUCGAACCCUGCUGUAUGGGCAUGCUAUCCUCCUGAAACACACCCACUCCAGUAUGUACUUGUGCUGCUUGACUACUUCACGCUCGCUGACGGACAAGUUGGCUUUUGACGUGGGGCUGCAGGAGGACUCCACAGGAGAGGCCUGCUGGUGGACCAUCCAUCCCGCCUCCAAGCAGAGGUCUGAGGGGGAGAAGGUCAGGGUGGGAGACGACCUGAUCCUUGUCAGCGUGUCUUCAGAGAGAUACCUGCAUCUGUCUUAUGCAAGCGGUGAUCUGAUGGUAGAUGCGUCCUUCAUGCAAACACUGUGGACCAUGACCCCCGUGAUGUCCGGAUGUGAGCUGGCUGAAGGUUUUCUGACUGGAGGGUAUGUGCUGAGGUUGUUUCACGGUCACAUGGAUGAGUGUUUGGCGAUCCCAGGAGCUGAACAAGGGGAUGACCAGCGAAGAAUUGUUCACUAUGAGGGCGGGGCCGUAUGCAGCCAUGCUCGGUCCUUAUGGAGGCUGGAGCCUCUGCGGAUUGGUUGGAGCGGAGGUCACAUUAAAUGGGGCCAGUCGUUCAGGAUACGACACAUAACAACGGGCCGAUACUUGUUCCUGGACGAGGAAAAGGGACUUGUGAUGGUGGACCCUGAGAAAGCCAUUUCCAAGAUGGCGGCCUUCUGCUUCAGAAUCUCAAAGGAAAAGAUUGAAGUGACCCAGAAGCGGGAUGUAGAGGGCAUGGGGAUCCCCGAGAUCAAGUACGGAGAGUCCAUGUGCUUCGUGCAGCACGUGUCCACAGGCCUCUGGCUCACGUAUGCAGCUGUCGAUGCCAAAUCCGCACGCCUCGGUCCUCUGAAGAGAAAGGCCAUUCUCCAUAAAGAAGGUCACAUGGACGACGCCCUCACGGUUGCUCGAUCUCAGACCGAAGAGUCUCAAGCUGCAAGAAUGAUCUACAGCACCACAGGCCUCUUCAGCCAGUUCAUCAAAGGUCUAGACGCACUGAGUGGGAAGAAUAAAUCUGCCAAUCCUCCACACCUGCCCCUGGACACAGUGGUGCUGUCGCUGCAGGACCUCAUCUUCUACUUCCGACCCCCAGAGGAGGAGCUGGAGCACGAGGAGAAGCAAUUCAAGCUGCGCUCCCUCAAAAACAGACAGAACCUCUUCCAGGAGGAGGGCACGAUCACGCUCGUCCUGAACUGCGUCGACCGGCUUAACGUGUACAACACAGCCGCCCACUUCUCGGAGUUUGCUGGUGAAGAAGCUGCAGAGUCGUGGAAAGAGAUAGUGAAUCUUCUGUAUGAACUGUUGGCUUCCUUAAUCAGAGGAAAUCGCGCCAACUGCGCUCUGUUCUGUGACAACCUCGACUGGCUGGUCAGCAAACUGGAUCGCUUGGAAGCAUCUUCAGGAAUCCUGGAAGUGUUGUAUUGCGUUCUGAUUGAGAGUCCAGAAGUGCUCAACAUCAUUCAGGAGAACCACAUCAAAUCCAUCAUCUCUCUCCUGGACAAGCACGGACGGAACCACAAGGUCUUGGAUGUUUUGUGCUCUCUGUGUGUCUGUAACGGCGUGGCUGUGAGGUCCAACCAGAAUCUCAUCACAGAGAAUCUCCUACCGGGUCGUGAUCUUCUGCUUCAAACCAGUAUAAUCAACUACGUGACCAGCAUGAGACCCAACAUUUUCCUGGGGACCUGUGAAGGAUCCACUCAGUACAAGAAGUGGUACUUUGAGGUGAUGAUAGACCAGGUGGAGCCGUUCCUCACCGCUCAGGCGUAUCACCUGCGUGUGGGUUGGGCUCUGACGGAGGGCUACAGCCCGUACCCCGGCGGCGGGGAAGGCUGGGGGUGUAACGGCGUCGGUGAUGACCUCUACUCCUACGGGUUUGAUGGGAUUCACCUCUGGUCAGGACGUGUCCCUCGUCUCGUCGGUUCCCCCACUCAGCACACCCUGGCCGCGGAGGACGUGAUCAGCUGCUGUCUGGACCUGAGCGUGCCGAGCAUCUCGUUCCGCAUCAACGGACAUCCAGUUCAGGGCAUGUUUGAGAACUUCAACCUGGACAGCCUCUUCUUCCCCGUUGUCAGCUUCUCUGCAGGGGUCAAGCUGCGAUUCCUUCUUGGUGGGCGUCACGGGGAUUUCAAGUUCCUGCCCCCUCCUGGCUACGCUCCCUGCUACGAGGCAGUGCUGCCCAGAGACCGCCUGCGGAUCGAGCACAUCAAGGAGUAUAAACACGAUUUUAAUGGCAUCCGUAAUCUACUGGGUCCCACGCAGUCUCUUUCACACACAGCCUUCACUCCUUGCCCCGUGGACACUAUACAGAUUGUGCUUCCUCCUCAUUUGGAGCGCAUCCGAGAGAAGCUUGCAGAAAACAGCCAUGAGAUUUGGGCCGUGACCCGCAUUGAACAAGGAUGGACGUAUGGAUCAUUUCGUGACGACAACAAGAAGCUGCACCCCUGUCUGGUAGAUUUCCAGAGUCUUCCUGAGCCAGAGAAGAACUAUAACUUAGCCAUGUCUGGAGAGACGUUGAAGACUCUGCUGGCUCUUGGCUGUCAUGUAGGAAUGGGGGACGAGAAAGCUGAGGAGAAUCUGAAAAAUAAGAAAAUGCCCAAAACUUACAUUCAGAGUAACGGGUACAAGCCAGCCCCUCUGGACCUCAACCAUGUCAAGCUGACUCCUAAUCAGAACACUCUGGUGGAGAGGCUGGCAGAAAACGGGCACAACGUGUGGGCGAGAGACCGGGUCCGCCAGGGCUGGACGUACAGUAUCCGGCAGGAUAUCAUGAACAAACGCAACCCCCGUCUGGUUCCGUACAACCUGCUGGACGAAAAGACCAAGAAGACCAACAGAGAUACGGUUUGUGAAGCAGUUCGGACCCUCAUCGGAUACGGUUACAACAUCGAACCACCGGACCAGGAGAGUAGUGGGCACGGCCCCGGCGGACCCGGAGAUAAAAUCCGGGUGUUCAGAGCGGAGAAAUCUUUCGCAGUAACUCAGGGCAAGUGGUACUUUGAAUUCGAGGCCGUGACCGUGGGGGAGAUGAGGGUGGGGUGGGCCCGGCCCUGUAUGCGUGCAGACAAGGAACUGGGUGCAGACGAGCUGGCAUAUGUCUUCAAUGGCUUUAAGGCCCAACGCUGGCAUGUGGGAAACGAGCCAUUCGGCCGCCAGUGGCUGUCCGGCGACGUGGUGGGUUGUAUGAUCGACCUGACGGAGAUGAACAUCAUGUUUACGCUGAAUGGAGAAAUGCUGAUCAGUGACUCCGGCUCAGAGAUGGCCUUCAAGGACAUCGAGGUCGGAGAGGGCUUCAUACCGGUGUGCAGUUUAGGUCUGUCCCAGAUCGGGAGGCUCAAUCUGGGUCAGAAUGUCAGUAGCCUUCGUUACUUCACCAUCUGUGGCCUUCAGGAGGGAUUUGAACCCUUUGCCAUCAACAUGAAAAGAGACAUUACUAUGUGGUUCAGCAAAAGCCUCCCGCACUUCAUCCCCGUGCCCACGGAUCAUAAUCACAUUGAGGUGUCCCGUGUUGACGGGACGGUGGACUCCCCCCCGUGUGUCAAAGUGACCCACAAGACAUUCGGGUCCCAGAACGCGAACACAGAUCCGCUGUUCAUGAGACUCAGCAUGCCCAUCGAGUUUCACGAGACCUUCAAAGUCCCGGCAGGGACGACGCUUCUCACCCGCACGAUGACCAUCCCGGAGGACGAGGUUUUGGAGGUCGACCCAGACUCCGACUUUGAAAUACUCAAGAAGUCGGCGUCUCGCAAAGAGCAGGAAGAAGACAAGAAGGAGGCGUCUGUGCCUAAAGAGACCCCUGCUCUCAAAAACGGAGAGAACGAGAAGGAUGCCUCCACGGAGAAAAGCAAGAAGAAAGGUUUCCUUUUCAAGGCUAAGAAGGCUGCGCUGAUUACCCCCCCACCUGUUGUUCCCACCAUGCCCCGCCUCAUGGAGGACGUGGUACCCGACGACAGGGACGACAUGGACAUAAUCCUCAACACCACUACAUACUACUACUCAGUGCGAAUAUUCGCGGGACAGGAGCCCGGGGGGGUCUGGGUGGGUUGGAUAACACCAGACUUUCACCAGCAUGAUCCUCAUUUUGACCUCAGCAAAGUGAGGAAUGUCACGGUCACCCUCGGUGACGAUAAAGGCAAUAUUCAUGAUAGUAUCAAACGCAGUAACUGCUACAUGGUGUGGGGGGGUGAGUUCGGCAGCUCCCAGCAGACCCGCGUCAGCCAGGAGGACUUCGUUAUUGGCUGUCUGGUUGAUCUGGACACAGGACUCAUGACUUUCACUGCUAAUGGAAAAGAGAUAAACACCUUCUACCAGGUGGAGCCAAACACAAAACUUUUCCCAGCCGUCUUUGUUUCACCUUCCAAUCAGAAUAUGAUCCAGUUCGAGCUCGGCAAGCUCAAGAACAUCAUGCCGAUAUCAGCAGCCAUGUUUAGGAGUGAGCGUAAAAACCUCGUGCCACAGUGCCCUCCGAGACUUGACGUCCAAAUGCUAACGCCGGUUAUCUGGAGUCGCAUGCCCAACAAUUUCUUGUCACCAGAAACGGGUCGCAUCAACGAGAGACUGGGCUGGAUGGUGCAGUGCCAGGAACCCCUCACCAUGAUGGCGCUUCACAUCCCUGAGGAGAACAGGUGUAUCGACAUCCUGGAACUGUCCGAACGAAUGGACCUACUCAAGUUUCACUACCACACGCUGAAGCUGUACGGCUCGGUGUGUGCUCUGGGUAACAACCGCGUGGCUCACGCGCUCUGCAGCUACGUGGACGAGUCUCAGCUUUUCUACGCCAUCGAGGACACCUACCUGCCGGGACCGAUGAGGAGCGGCUUCUACGACCUGCUCAUCAGCAUGCACCUGGAAUCGGCCAAGAGGAACCGUCUGGGAACCAACAAGGAGUUCAUCGUGCCAAUGACGCAGGACACGCGUACGAUCACUCUGUACUCGGACAAAUCCCACGCCUUGCCGGGCGUCGGCCUCACCACAUGUCUCCGGCCCGCACUCCACUUCUCUCCCGUUGGCUUCGUGGGAACAGAUCCGGACAUCUACACUCUAAGCCCAAUGAUUCCCUUGCAGGUGCUGAAAACCACCGCUCUGAACAUGCUGAUCGAGGCGGUGCAGGACGGCGGUCAGGCCAUGAGGGAUCCCGUGGGCGGCAGUGUUGAGUUCCACUUCGUCCCGAUCCUGAAGCUCAUCAGCACCCUCCUCAUCAUGGGUGUCUUUGACGACGAAGACGUCACGCACAUCCUCAAAAUGAUUGAGCCCACGGUUUUUAAUGCCAAGAAACUGGAAGAACCUGAUGAAGAUGGUUCCAAGGUAAUCGAGGAGAUCGAACAGCCGAAGGACGCGCUGGUCAAUAAGGAACACCCGGACGCUGCCGGGGAGGAAGACGAGGAGCUGGAGGAUGAUGGUUUGGGUGAGGAGGAGGAGGAAGAAAUGGAGGAAGAGGAGGAGAUGGAAGAAGAGGAAGACGUAGAGGAGGCAGAAGCAGCCGUGCCACAGGAGGAACCUGCCGAGGAAACGGACCCAGUUAACGGCGAGAAAGGAGCCAAGGACACGGAGAAGGAGAUCAAGCCUGCGGAGGCCGGUGGCGAGGCGAAGGACGACCUCCUGGAGCAAGGACUCUUCCAGAUGAAGCUGCCAGAGUCUGUAAAGUUACAGAUGUGCACUCUGCUGCAGUACUUCUGCGACUGCGAGCUGCGGCACCGAGUGGAGGCCAUCAUCGCCUUCUCAGACAACUUCGUCAACGAGAUCCAGACCAACCAGAGGCGGAGAUACAACGACCUCAUGCAGGCCUUCACCAUGAGCGCUGCCGAGACGGCCCGCAAGACCCGGGAGUUUCGCUCGCCGCCACAGGAGCAGGUCAACAUGCUCAUGAACUUCAAGAACUGUCCUGACGACGAAGAGUCCCCCGUCCCGGAGGAAGUCCGUGAAUCCCUGAUGGUUUUCCACAAUGCCCUGCUGACACACUGUGGUGUUCACAUCGAGGAAGAGGAGGAGGAGGAGGAGGUGGAUAAUUCUGUCCGCGGGCGACUGCGUCGUUUGCUGGAAAGAGUGAAAAAGUUCAGAGAGAAGAAGGUGGAAGUGGAGGUCGAACCACAGGAAGAUAAAAAACCAAGUACGUUGCAGGAGCUGAUUUCCCAUACCAUGAUCCACUGGGCCCAGGAGUCGUUCAUCCAGAAUCCCGAGCUCGUGCGUAUGAUGUUCAGCCUCCUCCUCAGGCAGUACGAUGGGUUGGGUGAGCUCACGCGGGCCCUCCCGAAGGCCUACACCAUCAAUCAGGUGUCCAUUCAGGACACCAUGGACUUGUUGGAGUGCUUGGGCCAGAUCCGGUCACUGCUCAUCGUGCAGAUGGGUCCAGAGGAGGAGAGGCUUAUAAUUCAGAGUAUAGGGAACAUCAUGAGUAACAAAGUUUUCUAUCAGCACCCCAACUUGAUGCGAGCUCUGGGCAUGCACGAGACGGUCAUGGAGGUGAUGGUGAAUGUGCUGGGUGGUGGGGACUCCAAGGAGAUCAGAUUCCCCAGAGUGGUGACCAACUGUUGCCGUUUCCUCUGCUACUUCUGCCGCAUCAGCCGCCAGAAUCAGCGCUCCAUGUUCGACCACCUCAGCUACCUUCUCCAGAACAGCGGCAUCGGCCUGGGCAUGCGAGGCUCCACCCCCUUGGAUGUGGCUGCAUCAUCUUGUAUCGACAACAACGAGCUGGCUCUGGCUCUACAAGAGCAGGAUUUAGAAAUGGUGGUGAAGUAUCUGGCCGGAUGUGGACUGCAGAGCUGCCCCAUGCUACUGGCUAAAGGCUACCCCGACAUUGGCUGGAAUCCCUGCGGUGGAGAGAAAUAUCUCGACUUCCUUCGUUUUGCUGUUUUCGUUAAUGGAGAAAGCGUAGAGGAGAACGCCAACGUGGUCGUGCGUCUCCUCAUCCGAAGGCCCGAGUGCUUCGGCCCUGCCCUGAGAGGAGAGGGGGGGAAUGGUCUGUUGGCCGCCAUAGAGGAAGCCAUCAAAAUAUCCGAGGACCCGGCGAGGGACGGUCCGAGUGUUAAGAAGGACAGGCGGUUCCCUAUGUUCGGAGGAGAGGAGCAGCACGAGGAGAACAGGGUGCACCUGGGAAACGCCGUCAUGUCUUUCUACUCGGCUCUCAUUGAUUUGCUGGGACGCUGUGCUCCUGAGAUGCAUUUAAUCCAAGCUGGUAAAGGUGAAGCUCUGAGGAUCAGGGCCAUUCUGCGGUCUCUGGUUCCUAUUGAGGAUCUGGUAGGAGUCAUCAGUCUUCCUCUUCAGAUCCCCUCUUUUGGGAAAGACAACAGCAUCAUUGAGCCAAAAAUGUCGGCUAGUUUCGUGCCCGAUCACAAGGCUCCAAUGGUGCUGUUCCUCGACAGAGUUUAUGGGAUUGACAACCAGGAUUUCCUGCUCCAUGUGCUGGAGGUGGGCUUUCUGCCCGACAUGAGAGCCGCAGCCUCUCUGGACACGGCUGCUUUCAGCACCACAGAGAUGGCCCUGGCUCUGAACCGGUACCUGUGCUCUGCUGUGCUGCCUCUCAUCACCAAGUGCGCCCCACUUUUUGCUGGCAGUGACCACAGAGCCAUAAUGAUCGACUCCAUGUUGCACACGAUCUACAGACUGUCCCGAGGUCGAGCCUUCACCAAGGCCCAGAGGGACAUUAUCGAGGAGUGCCUCAUGGCUCUGUGCAAGCAUCUCCGUCCGUCCAUGCUGCAGCACCUGCUGAGACGACUCGUGUUUGAUGUGCCGAUUCUUAACGAAUACGCCAAAAUGCCGCUGAAGCUUUUGACCAAUCACUACGAGCGUUGCUGGAAAUAUUAUUGCCUCCCUAACGGCUGGGCAAACUUCGGAGUUUCCUCAGAGGAGGAGCUGCAUCUGACCCGGAAACUCUUCUGGGGCAUCUUUGAAUCACUGGCACACAAGAAAUUUGAUGCGGAAAUCUUUAAAAUUGCAAUGCCAUGCAUCUGCGCCAUUGCUGGAGCCAUCCCUCCGGAUUAUGUGGACGCCAGUUACUCCUCUAAAACGGAGAAGAAGGCAUCGGUUGAUGCUGAGGGGAACUUUGAUCCCAAACCAGUGGAGACCACAAACACCAUCAUACCCGAACGACUGGAUCCGUUCAUCAACAAAUACGCUGAAUAUACACACGAUAAAUGGGCCUUUGAAAAGAUUCAGAAUAACUGGUCGUAUGGAGAGGUGCUGGAUGAGAACGCGAAGACUCAUCCCAUGCUGAGACCAUACAAAACCUUCUCAGAAAAGGACAAAGAAAUUUACCGGUGGCCAAUCAAAGAGUCGGUCAAAGCCAUGACAGCGUGGGAGUGGAACAUAGAAAAGGCCAGAGAGGAAGAGGAGUCCGAGAAGAAGAAGGCAGCAGCUAGAAAAAUCUCCCAGACUGCUCAGGCCACGUAUGACCCAAGCCACGGCUACAGCCCACAGCCCAUCGACGUCUCACACAUGGCUCUUUCAAGAGAUCUGCAGUCGAUGGCGGAGCAGUUGGCAGAAAAUUAUCACAACACCUGGGGACGCAAGAAAAAGUUAGAGCUGCAAUCCAAAGGAGGUGGGACGCAUCCUCUGCUGGUGCCCUACGAUACUCUGACAGCCAAAGAGAAGGCGCGUGACCGAGAGAAGGCCUAUGAGUUACUCAAGAUCCUGCAGCUUAAUGGAUAUGCCGUCACAAGGGGCCUUAAGGAUAUGGAGUCAGAGAUAUCAUCCAUUGAGAAGAGAUUUGCUUACGGCUUCCUGCAGAAGCUGCUGAAGUGGAUGGAAAUCGCCCAGGAGUUUAUUGCUCAUCUCGAGGCCGUGGUGAGCAGUGGACGAGUGGAAAAGUCUCCUCACGAGCAGGAAAUCAAAUUCUUCGCCAAGAUAUUGAUGCCUCUAAUCAAUCAGUACUUCAAAAAUCACUGCCUCUACUUCUUAUCGACGCCUGCUAAAGUUCUCGGCAGCGGCGGCCAUUCUUCCAACAAAGAGAAAGAAAUGAUUGCAAGUAUCUUCUGUAAAAUGUCUGCAUUGGUGAGGCACAGGGUUUCUCUCUUUGGAACGGACGCCUCAGCGAUUGUUAACUGUCUCCACAUUCUGGCUCGGUCUCUGGACGCAAGGACGGUAAUGAAGUCGGGGCCUGAGAUCGUGAAAGCGGGCCUGCGGUCCUUCUUUGAGAGUGCUGCGGACGAUAUAGAGAAGAUGGUGGAGAACCUCAAACUGGGCAAGGUCUCCAAAGGCAAUCAGCAAGUGAAAGGCGUGUCCCAGAACAUCAACUACACCACGAUCGCCCUGCUGCCGGUGCUGACCUCCCUGUUCGAUCACGUCGCUCAGCAUCAGUUUGGGGACGAUGUCAUGUUGGAUGACCUGCAGAUGUCCUGCUAUCGCAUCAUGUGUAGCAUCUACUCCCUGGGGACGGUCAAGAAUCCCCAUGUUGAGAGACAGAGGCCGGCUCUCGGGGAGUGUCUGGCCCACCUCGCAGCAGCGAUGCCAGUCGCCUACAUGGAGCCCGUUCUGAACAAAUACAACGCCUUCUCUGUCUACACCACAAAGACGCCGAGGGAGAGAGCCAUCCUGGGCCUUCCCAACGAGGUCCAGGAAUUAUGUCCAGAUAUUCCAGAGCUGGAUAUUCUGCUGAAGGAAAUUGGGGGCUUGGCAGAGUCCGGCGCUCGCUACACCGAGAUGCCGCACGUGAUCGAAAUAACUUUGCCCAUGCUGUGUAACUACCUGCCCCGCUGGUGGGAGCGGGGGCUGGAAAACUUCCCUGAGAUGGAGGGUGAACUCUGCACCGACGUCACCUCAGAGCACCUGAAUCAGCUGCUGGGCAGCAUCAUGAAGAUCGUGGUCAACAACCUGGGUAUUGAUGAGGCCUCCUGGAUGAAGAGGUUGGCUGUGUUUUCACAGCCGAUUGUCAGUAGGGCCAAACCAGAAAUGCUUAAAUCCCACUUCAUUCCAACGAUGGAGAAGCUGAAGAAACGCACGUCCAAGGUGGUAGCCGAGGAGGACCACCUGCGGAUGGAGGGGAAGUCCGAGGGGGACGAGGAGGACGGCACCAUACGCGACGAGUUUGCCGUCCUCUGCAGGGACUUGUAUGCGCUCUACCCUCUUCUCAUUCGCUAUGUGGACAACAACAGGGCAAGGUGGCUGACGUGUCCUGAUCCGGAUGCAGAGGAGCUGUUCCGGAUGGUUGGAGAAGUCUUUAUCUUCUGGUCCAAGUCUCAUAACUUCAAGCGGGAGGAGCAGAACUUUGUGGUGAUGAAUGAGAUCAAUAACAUGUCAUUCCUCACUGCCGACAGCAAGAGCAAGAUGAGCAAGGGCGGGGACACAGAGGCUGGAGGCUCGGAUACUGAGCGCACUAAGAAAAAAAAACGAGGGGACCGCUACUCUGUCCAGACGUCACUUAUUGUUGCUGCUCUAAAAAAGAUGCUGCCCAUAGGGCUCAACAUGUGCUCCCCUGCGGAUCAGGAGCUCAUCAACUUGGCCAAGAUCCGAUACUCCUUGAGAGACACUGAUGAGGAAGUAAGAGAGUUUUUGCAGAACAACCUCCACCUUCAAGGCAAGGUGGACAACCCAUCCAUGCGCUGGCAGAUGGCUUUGUACAGGGAGAUGGCAGGGAAGGCGGAGGAUGCUGACGCUCCAGUGAAAGUUGUGAAGCGAGUCCAGGAGGUCUCAGCUGUGCUCUACCACCUUGAACUGACAGAGCAUCCUUUUAAAUCCAAGAAGAUGGUGUGGCACAAGCUGCUGUCCAAGCAGAGACGCAGGGCUGUGGUGGCCUGCUUCAGGAUGACGCCGCUGUACAACAUCCCGAGGCACAGAGCUUCAAACAUGUUCCUGGAGGGAUACAAACGCAACUGGAUUCACUCCGAGGGUUACUCAUUUGAAGACAGGAUGAUAGAUGAUUUAUCCAAAGCAAUGGAUCAAGAGGAAGGAGAUGAAGAAGAGGAGAAGGAGACCAAACCAGACCCUCUCCAUCAGCUUAUUCUGCAUUUCAGUCGAACCGCUUUAACAGAAAAGAGCAAACUUGAUACAGAUCAUCUUUAUAUGUCAUAUGCAGAUAUUAUGGCUAAAAGUUGCCAUGUUGAAGAUGAAGAAGAAGGGGGAGAGGAUAUGGGUGAAAAUGCUGAUGAUGAGAAGGCGUUUGAGGUGCGACAGUCGGAACUGGAAAAAGAAAUGGAGAAGCAAAGGCUCCUCUACCAGCAAUCCAGACUUCAUAACCGUGGUGCUGCAGAGAUGGUCCUGCAGAUGAUCAGCGCAUGCAAAGGUGAAACUGGUCCCAUGGUAUCUACAACUCUCAAGCUCGGUAUUUCAAUCCUCAAUGGUGGAAACUGUGAAGUUCAGCAGAAAAUGUUGGAGUAUUUGAAAGACAAGAAGGAUGUCGGCUUCUUUUUGAGCGUCCAGGCGCUGAUGCAGACUUGCUGUGUCCUGGAUCUAAAUGCCUUUGAGAGGCAGAACAAGGCAGAGGGGCUCGGCAUGGUUUCUGAGGAAGGAACAAACUUGAACCUAGAGCGGGAUGAGAAAGUGAUGUCAGAUGAUGAGUUCACGUGUGACCUCUUCCGUUUCUUGCAGUUGCUCUGUGAAGGCCACAAUAACGAUUUUCAGAACUACUUGCGGACGCAGACGGGAAGCACAACCACCAUCAACAUCAUUAUCUGCACCGUAGAUUAUCUCCUCCGCCUCCAGGAGUCCAUCAGUGAUUUUUACUGGUAUUACUCUGGCAAGGACAUUAUCGACGACCCGGGCAAAAAGAACUUCUCCAAAGCCAUGACAGUGGCCAAGCAGAUCUUCAACAGUCUAACUGAAUAUAUUCAGGGUCCCUGCACCGGCAACCAGCAGUCGCUGGCCCACAGCAGACUGUGGGAUGCAAUUGUCGGGUUCCUUCACGUCUUCGCUCACAUGAUGAUGAAGCUCGCACAGGACUCCAGUCAGAUCGGUCUGCUGAAGGAACUUCUCGACCUGCAGAAAGACAUGGUUGUUAUGUUGCUCUCGCUGUUAGAGGGAAACGUGGUGAACGGGACAAUUGCUCGCCAGAUGGUGGACAUGCUGGUCGAGUCCUCCAGCAACGUGGAGAUGAUCCUCAAGUUCUUCGACAUGUUCCUCAAACUGAAGGACAUCGUGGCCUCGGAUGCUUUCCGCGACUACGUGACGGACCCUCGCGGGCUGAUCUCCAAGAAGGACUUCCAGAAGGCCAUGGACAGCCAGAAGCAGUACUCCCCCUCGGAGAUCCAGUUCCUGCUGUCCUGCUCGGAGGCAGACGAGAACGACAUGAUCAACUACGAGGAGUUUGCCAAUCGCUUCCAGGAACCGGCCAAGGACAUCGGCUUCAACAUCGCAGUGCUGCUCACCAACCUGUCGGAGCACGUGCCUCACGACGUCCGGCUGCAGAACUUCCUGGGCCAGGCGGAGAGCGUGCUCAACUACUUCCGCCCGUUCCUGGGCCGCAUCGAGAUCAUGGGCGCCAGCAGGAAGAUCGAGCGCAUCUACUUUGAGAUCAGCGAGGUGAACAGGAGGCAGUGGGAGAUGCCGCAGGUGAGGGAGUCCAAGCGGCAGUUCAUAUUCGACGUGGUCAACGAGGGAGGGGAAUCCGAGAAGAUGGAGAUGUUCGUGAACUUCUGCGAGGACACCAUCUUUGAGAUGAACAUCGCCGCGCAGAUCUCGGAGCAGGAGGAGGAGGAGAAGAACGAAGACGAUGACGAGGGAGAUGAGGCCGGAGGGGAGGCAGCAGCCGGUGUGGCGGCGGGUGGAGGAGACGAGGACAGUAACGGGGAGGAAGCUCAGCCCGAGUCAACCUCCGCCUUUGCAGACUUCAUAAACAGCAUGUUCAGCUUCUUCAGCAUCUUCACCUUCCGUAAUCUCCGCAGACAGUAUCGCAGGGUGAGGAAGAUGACCUUCAAGGAGAUCGUGGUGGCCGUCUCCACCUUCUUCUGGACCGUCCUGGUCAGCAUCCUGCACUUCAUUUACAAUGUGUGCAAAGGCUUCUUCCUCAUCAUCUGGCAAGCGCUGUUUGGAGGCGGCUUGGUGGAAGGGGCCAAAAACAUCACGGUGACGGAGAUCCUGGCGAGCAUGCCGGACCCCACGCAGGACGACGUGCACGGAGAUGGACCGGGGGAGCUGAGGACGGGGGAGGAACUAGACACCGGGGGGGUAACAGACACGGGGGACACAGGGAGUGGGGAGGAGGAGGAGGAUGACACCCAGGAAAAGGAGGGGGGGAGGGCACCAGGUACCGAUGCCCCCGGUGGACUCGGAGAUAUGGGUGUAGAGGAACCUGUUGAGCCUCCGACCCCGGAGGGAACACCCAUCACUAAGAGAAAAAUGCCUGAAGAGGCUGAUGCGAGCCAGAAACCUCCAGAGCCAGCUCCCGUGGAGGAAACUCCUCCAGAGCCCGAAAAGGCUGAUGCUGAAAAUGGAGAGAAAGCAGAGAAAGAAGCCCCCGCCCCCCCGGAGAAGGAAGAGCCAAAGAAACCAAAGAAAUCUCCACUAAAAAAAGAGAAAAAGAUCAAAAGGGAAGAAGGCUUUCAAAUCUGGACUGAGCUGGAAACUCAGAGGAUCAAAUUCAUGAACUACCUCUCCAGGAACUUCUACAACCUGCGGUUUUUGGCUCUGUUCCUUGCAUUUGCCUUGAACUUCAUUCUGCUAUUUUAUAAGGUGUCUGAGACGCCACCAGAGGGUGAUGAGAUGGAGGGGUCGGGAAUGAUGGAGGGAAGCGGGAUGUUUGAGGGCUCCGGCUUGUUUGAAGGCUCGGGGGAGGAUGCCGAGGGCUCAGGGAUGGAUGGAGGAGAAGACGAGGAUGAAGAAGACGUUCCAAUUUAUUUCUAUUUAGAGGAGAGCACCGGAUACAUGCAGCCCACGCUGGCCUUCGUCGCCAUCCUGCACACAGUGAUUUCAUUCAUCUGCAUCAUUGGCUACAACUGUUUGAAGAUUCCAUUGGUGAUCUUUAAGAGGGAAAAGGAACUAGCAAGGAAGCUGGAGUUUGACGGCCUGUACAUCACCGAGCAGCCGGAGGAUGACGACAUCAAGGGCCAGUGGGACCGACUGGUCCUGAACACACCCUCUUUUCCAAACAAUUACUGGGAUAAAUUCGUCAAACGAAAGGUUCUGGAUAAAUACGGAGACAUUUAUGGGAGAGAGCGGAUUGCUGAGCUGCUGGGCGUCGACUUGGCCUCCCUGGAUGUGAGUCAGCAGCACGAGAAGAAGCAGGAGGAACCCGACAGCUCUGUUUUUACAUGGGUGACGUCCAUCGACAUCAAGUACCAGCUCUGGAAGUUUGGGGUCAUAUUCACAGAUGGAACGUUCCUGUACCUGUGCUGGUACACGGUGAUGUCUCUGCUCGGCCACUACAACAACUUCUUCUACGCCUCUCACCUGCUGGACAUCGCCAUGGGCGUCAAGACCCUGCGCACCAUCCUGUCCUCCGUCACGCACAACGGCAAACAGCUCAUGAUGACGGUGGGGCUGCUGGCCGUGGUCGUGUACCUCUACACCGUCGUCGCCUUCAACUUCUUCCGCAAGUUUUACAACAAGAGCGAAGACGAGGACGAGCCCGACAUGAAGUGUGAUGACAUGAUGACUUGCUACCUCUUCCACAUGUACGUGGGAGUGCGUGCCGGCGGAGGCAUCGGAGAUGAGAUCGAGGAUCCCGCCGGAGACGAAUACGAGCUCUACCGAGUCGUCUUCGACAUAACCUUCUUCUUCUUCGUCAUCGUCAUCCUGCUGGCCAUCAUUCAAGGUCUGAUCAUCGAUGCCUUUGGGGAACUCAGAGACCAACAAGAGCAAGUCAAGGAGGACAUGGAGACAAAAUGCUUCAUAUGUGGCAUCGGGAGUGACUACUUCGAUACGACGCCGCACGGCUUUGAGACCCACACCUUCGAUGAACACAACCUUGCCAAUUACUUGUUCUUCUUAAUGUACCUGAUUAACAAAGAUGACACCGAGCACACUGGACAGGAGUCCUACGUGUGGAAGAUGUACCAGGAGCGUUGCUGGGACUUCUACCCGGCUGGAGACUGCUUCAGGAAGCAAUAUGAGGAUCAGCUCUCCUAGUGACGCCCGAGCCGGUUCAGGCCCGCCCCCCAGAGCGAGGACGCGGCUACACCUUCUCGUUCAUCCUUCUAGUUCAUCCGUCUGUUUAAAGGAGUCUGCCCAUCUCUGCCCUGCCGACUGAUGCUCGACGCACUCACUUUACUGUCAAAGAUCCACCCGUAGGCUCCGGGUCCCAAGAUCAGGACGGCCGUCCUCCAUCACUCCCAGCGUCUCGCUGAGCGAUGAGGCCGGAGCCUGCGUUUAUGUGUCUGCAUAGAAGGAGAAGAUUUUUUAAAAGAAACGAUCUUUAUGAGAUUAAAACAGAGGUUUAAAAGUAAACACUACUAGGUAAAGUGCCUGAACAAUAACUUAUACGGCAUCUCUUUAUCGUUUGUGAUAGAAUCUGGUCACGUGGUUGUUGCCUUCACACUUGUCUUCAUGUGUCUUGAUAGUUUAAGUUAUUACACAUUUGCCCUGUGGCUGUUCAGUUCCCUCCAGGUAGUUCACAAUGUUUGAUUCCACAUGUUUUAUUUCAUUUAUCAAGAAAAAUUAAGUUAUAAUAAAAUCUGUCAA